CCAUAGUCACUUGUGCGUAUAUAUAGGAUAUCACAAACUUAAAGUAGUUAAACACAAAGUGACAUAAAAACAGAAAAAAAACAGCCAUCUAAACCUAUCUCUCUGAAAAGCUUCCUCACUGAUAACCGAGCAAACUGAUAGUGGCGAUUGUGUUGUGUUGAUUACCCCGUGGCAGUGUUUACAAAUGAUAAAACCGCUUAUUUACAACAAUUGCAUCGGGGCAGAGGACCACUCGAUGGAAAUAAGCCAACAAGCACACACACUUUGACUAAAGGGUUGACCAGUUCAUACAAACCACUACAUAUCACCGUGGACUUGCUGGAUGGCUCAGGCGAUUCGCAAAGUGACUUUCAUUCACAGUUUGACUUGCGGAGAGAUUGCAUCGCGAUUGCACACAUUAAUCGGAAUAAGUGCAUUUAGUUAACGAAGAAUAGAUUUGAUUUUCGAUUAUUUGCAAAAAUGGCCAGUAUUGAUACGACCAUACUGCCCUUUGAGGAGAAACCGCUGUACAUGCCACCGUUGGACGAAAUUCGAGAUGUCGUGGCCGCUGGACUAACAUCCAACUUUGAAACGGUGAAAGUCGAAGUGGUGGACUGUCCCAACCUGACCGAAGAUCCGUUUCACCUGGCAGGGCAAGGUCUCAACGGAAGUCCCACCUUGAUAGAGUUGGGUGGACCCCCGUACCUGCUGCCCCACGUGGACUACACCAAGUUGUACGAUUUGGUUUCGAUUUCGCAGAAAGCGCUGAACAGUACCAAGAAGGAGUUCCUCGCGAUCGGUGCCGGAGCUGGCCCAUAUCCGUACGUUGACUCGAACUGCGAGGGAAUGUACAACCUGAAGGUGGCCGCCAACGGGCACGUGCUAAGCGAAAGUCACCUUGCCCAGAUAACGCCGGACCGUAAGCGAGUGCUGCUGAAGAAGAUUCCGAACACGGAAACGCGUUGCGCCCUGCUGGGGAACAUCUUCGUCUGUGAAGGUCGCCCAGGCAAGGUGCUGAAGGUCAGCUGCAAGAAACGAACCGGACCGCAGGACUUUAUCGCCGCCAUCCGGACCACGCUGGAGCAGCACUACGGCGAGCGGACCGUCGGCAUGGGCGGGGUGUUCCUGCUGAAGAACGGCAAAGCCAAACAGCACGUGAUGUCACCGUUUUCCGAGACGGCCCUCAACACCGAGGACGAGCUGAACGAGUGGCUCAACUUUUUCGACAUGUCGGCCAAGUUGAUCGCCGUCGGAACGCUCGUGACGAACGAGUGCGACCUGGACCUGCGGUUGCAGCACUUCCAUAGCUUUUCACGGCACGGCGAGGGUGGCCACUACCACAUCGACACCACGCCGGAUGUGGUCGAGUACGAGGGAUACUUUAACGUGGGCGAGCGGAUCGUGCGCGUCGACAAGCCGGCCAAUACGCACAAGAUGGGACGGGAUUGAGGGUUGAUUUAUCGUGUAUUAUUUUGUUCUUUUAAUAAAUGGUUCUAUUAUGAUGGAAGUUGACCCUGAGCUGACAGCGGGUCAAUAGUAAUUAAAUGGA